AUUCCAGGCUAUAAGGCAACAAAAGGUGAACAUUUUGAAAGGGGGUGUAGACCUUCUAUAGGCACUGUACCUCAAGAGUCAGGACAGCAGCGAGCGACACAGAAGAACACGGCGUUCGCUUUAUUUGAUUUUUUUUGAAGAAAAUGCCAUUGAAGUUGGAAAACAAGAAUGGAUAAUAUAAUUUGAUGAGUAUAUUUAUUAAAAAAAUCUAAGCAAAAAGAGAAAUGUUUAUGGGGUACAUUGGCCAGCUGGUGGACUGAAGCCUGGGGGGAAAGGGGAACUUCUAAAGAAGAACCCCAAAUGUUAGCAAUAGGUAAGACAAAGUUUAAUUUAUCAAUAUCGCAACCUACUAAACCAGCUUAUAAGAGUUAUACUAAUGUGAAAUUAGUACUGUGGGUAUAAAAAAGUAGUGUACUGCAAGUAUACUUAUCUAUAGUAUACUACUUAAAAAAAAAAAAAAACUGAAUAAGGGAGUAACUGAAGGAUAUAGGCAUGUGCAUUUAGUGCUCUUCAGCUGUCCAGUUUGUGUUAGAAUGUAGUAUACCGUACUUGUAGUAUGUUAGUUUACUUGCAGUAUAUUAUUAUUUUUUUAAAUAAUAAAAAUGUAGAUCACUAUACCUGUCAUUCUCUGCCUGCCUAUCUGUCUAUCUCUGUAUCCCUACCUAUCUGUGUCUUUGUCUCUCUGCUUGUCUCUGGCUGUUUUCCUGUCUGUCUCUUUGUCAGUCUGUGUCUCUCUAUGCCUUACAGUAAUGCAUUCCCGAAGGUGUUAUAGUACUUUAAUAUUUAAUAUCCUGACGCUCAGUGGGUCUCAGUCCUAGUCCUGCUGAGUCUACUGGGUUUUGUUCCAACAGAACUCUCAAUUAUUGAUUAUUAAUUGAACCCUUAAUGAAACUAAUAAUUGGUCUAAUCGGAGCUUAAUAAUUUAAACACUUGGAAAUGUCAAGUUAUGUAUAAAAUUGUAUUAAGGAACUUGAAAUUCCCAACUUUUUAUAAGAUAAACAAUUAAAGUCUAAUAAAGCAAAUAGUACGUAAUUGAGAGGACAACUGGGAAAAAAACAAACAAAAACCCAGCAGACACAGUGGUCUGCAGGACUGGAGUUGAGAACCAUAACGUCUGCCCGGAGCUUACCCACAGAUUUAUAAAUAAAAUAUAAAAUUACAACUUCUGGGAUAUUUAUAAUAAAAUAGUUGCAUUAUUUUUAGGGGACUGGCAGACUGUCUCAAAUAAAGCGGUGUAUCCUUCACUAUGGAAAGGAGGAAACCCCUUCCAAGUGUCAAAGGAAACAUGACAAAAGAAAACGGCAUUCACACCCCAAUGAAUCUUCUGAUGACAGUGACACUGAGAGAUUCCUGACACAGACAAACAAGACUUCCACAGAUGAAGAUCUUAGAGAAACAUCAAAAGAAGAAUUGAAAGUUCGUAAUGAAGUUUUACAAAAACAAAAUAAAACAAGAAAAUGAUAACAAGAAAAGUGAUCAGGCUUCUUAAAGACUAGAUCAAGUCGCUACCACACAAAAGAUACCAGAAGUUCAAAUUGGGAAUUCAAACAAUCAUCAAGCAGCCAAGGAAUACCAAGAUGAGAACGGCCAGGUUUCUUAUGCCAAUCCUCCGUGAGAAGUUUCCUUUUAUCAACAAGUCUGCAAGAACAUUGGAGUGCUAAGUGCACAGCCUGCUGCGGAUCACAGUGACCUUCCCAGUCCUGCAGCACGAGGUCCUGGAGCUGGGCAUCAAACUGGAUGUGAGCGCCCCGCGGAGAGAUAUUGAGGACGCAGAAGAAAAUGCUGCCCAGGGGGGCUGAUGGGAAUGGAGCCUCCCAAGAGGAGUGUCUCUUUGAUAUGGAUGAAAAUGUGUCCAACUCCUCCAGCCCCUCAGGGGGCGAUGUGAUGGCUCACGUUGUGGCUGACCGGCUGGAUAUCCUUAUGAUGGUCCUUCUGGCAUACAUCAAAGACAUCUGCUAUGUGAAUGGCAUGCUAGAGCUGACUCGCACUAAGGAGCUGUAUCAGGACCUGGUUGCUGUCUUCGACAAGCUCAUCCUUCCCACGCACGCCUCCUGUCACGUACAGUACGUCAUCUUCUACCUCUGCAGCUUCAGACUGGGCCUGGCUGAAGCCUUUCUGGAGCACCUGUGGAAGAAGAUACAGAGCCCCAGUAACCCGGCUGUGAUUCGGCAGUCUGCCGCAGGCUACAUCGGCAGCUUUCUGGCCAGAGCCAAGUUCCUUCCCGUACUGAAGUAUCAGCUGGUGCUCUGUUACGCCAUUAUCGAGCGUAAUAACAGGCAGCUGCUUCCUGUGGUGAAGAGCAGUCUGGGAGGGGAUUCCGUGACCACCAACUCCAACCCUCUGGACAGCUUCUUCCCCUUUGACCCCUACCUGCUCAAGAGGUCAGGGAAAAUGAUCCAGCCCAUUUACCAGGUCUGGGAGGAGGUGAGCGUGUGUGAUGUGGGUGGAGCCAAGUGGCCUGUUCAAAAGGACAGUGCUAAGGUAUUCCGCGACAGGCUGCCAGAGACUGCUGUUGACACAAAAUGCCUUCUGUACGUUAAGCAGAGGGAGUUUGCUGCCACGACCCCAUCUGACUGUUCUGUCACUGUGCUUGGAUCUGAUGAUGCCACAACCUGCCACAUAGUGGUGCUCCGACACACAGGAAGUGGAGCGACGUGCCUGGCCCACUGUGACGGCUCCAGCACAUGGAGUGAAGUGCCCUUGAUCGUCAAGGCGGUGAGGUCGUUAACGAAAAGCACAGAGGAGGGAAGACUGGAGCUGCACCUUUUCGGGGGGUUUGAUGAUGAAAGGCACACUUCCCACAAGCUCAGCCUUAACCUCCUAGCGGCCUUCAGCAAGCAGAAUGAAGAUAUUCACUUGGAAACAUGCUGUAUCACUGAGCUGAAUGACAUUGUGGUGGAAGGAAUUCACAGGCCUGUGGUGUAUGGGAUAGGGGUGAAUGUGAAAACGGGGGAGUUGUUCCCAGCUACCUUUUCACACAGAGGUCCAGAGGAUGAUCUUCGGUCAGCCAGGACCUUCACUGGAGGACAGAUGGCUAAUGUCUACGAUUCUAGCAGGGAGGUGGUGACAAUUGGACCUUGCAACUGGUCUCCGAACCUGGACAUUGGCUUCUGGCUGGCACAGGAUGAUGAGACGAUAUUGCAGUACAUGUCCACGUCUCCUCAAGUGGAGCCUCCUCACUUCGUUGCCCACAUGAAAGCCACGAUACAGUUCCUUCUGGAGAACCCCAACUCUGAGGCUUUUUUCCCGGAGGGAGCACCCAGAUUGUACCAGAGGACUUCCGAGGGAUUGUGGGAGAGGCAAGCCGUCCGCUAGCGUCAAUAGGAACCCUAUCAAGAGGCCUCGGAUGAAGGAUGCAUUACGGUAUCCACUCACUGCAGUUUGAAUUUCCCAGACUUGAUUAUGAGCAUUUAGUCACACACAAUGAUCCUUGCGAACACCUUAUAACAAAACCCGGACUGAACCAAACUGCUAUUCUGGACCUUUGUUUUUUUGGGGGUUUUUUUGGUAUCCCAUAAUUUCCUACUCACGAUCACCACUAAAAAAACCUUUCUACUGCACAGAAUUUCCAAGGCAAAGAUUGUUUUAUUUAGUCUUAUUAAUUGGAAGGUUUGGCUAUCUUUGUGCGGAAAGAUUCUUUAGGACAUUUUACUGAGCAGUGCAUACUGUGAGGACAGACAGUAUACAGGUUGACAGAUUGAAAAUGAACAGGGAAUAAAAUAGCAUGUAUCAGUUUUGUA